UCAACAUGGUGUUUGAAUGUUGUAUGGUGUGAAUGUAUACUGUCUCGUUUGUGAAGUACUAACAUAAACUUGCAAAUUUGGAUGUGUCCAGACAAGGCAAGUUAUUGUUGAAUAGUGAGUUCCAUAAAGGCGAGUACUUAUUAAAUUAGACUUGUCUGUGAUGGCGAAGUAGUAAACUGUCAUUUCCAAGCAAAGUGUCGGUCUUAACAGCGAUGUGAGAGCUAGAGUGAAUGCCCUUUGACGCCCAGUGCACCAAGGUACCACCCCCGUUUCAAUCAACGAGUGUUAUAAUAAUUGUUCGCUUAAACUUUUGAAAUGAAUGUGACAUGGUGCUGUGAAAUUCCAAAAAUUCAUCGACAGGCAAUAGGCAUUUCCUGAUACACUCUUUUGAAUCAACAGUGGUACGUUGUGAGAAAGCUUUUCCGAGUAGUGAUUGAAGUAUGUUUGCUAAGAAGAAAAAGAAACCGCAAAUUUCCUCUCCCACAAACUUUGAACACCGUGUUCACACGGGAUUCGACAAGAGGGAGGGGCGGUAUGUGGGGCUUCCACUACAGUGGGCGAGCAUCGUUGGAAACAAUCAAAUCCUGAAGAGUACAAACAGACCACUACCUCUGGUCGACCCUUCUGAAAUAACACCAACGGAGAUUUUGGACUUAAAAACAAUCGUUCGUGGUGAUCCUCGGCUGAGUGGCAUUCCGAAAACUUCGAAUGUCGCCCGAUCGAACUCGUUGCGAUCGUCGAGCCCGCCGCGGCUGUCGAGGCGCGGGGAGUACCGCCAGGCUGCUGCUGGUGUGCCACCACCCGUGCCAGAGGGGGAAGUGAUGCCUCCACUGCCCCACCAGCAGCAGCUUUACAGUGGGGGCGGGCCGACGGCUGGACCUCCUGGCCCUGGCGGGUCUGUGAAGCACCAGCCCUAUCUGAAGCAGUCCUCACCAGAAGGUGGAGACUGGCUGACCGGCAGCAGCCGCACUGCCGAGGCCGGUGGCGACUACCGCGGCACUCCGGCUUCGGCAUACCAGCAGAACCUGGCGAACGGCAACCUACCUCCUGCUGCCACCUCCCCCACCGUGGGACCCGUGACGGGGGCGUACCGCCCGCCUGUGUCGCAGUCGCCUGCCACACCGGGCCCGCAGCAGCCCCAGUGGCAUCAGCAGGCGCCCCACCAGCAUCCGCCCCACACCCACAACAUAAACACCAAGGUCAGCCACUUGCCCCCCACGGAUGUACGAACGUCGCACCACGCUCCUACCCCUAAUGUCGGCGAGGCACAGCCGCACGCGGUGGCGGAUCGUGACAGGAAUCACAACCACAACCACGGCCACGUGCGGCCUGCGGUGGGCGGCAGCAGGGACCACUCGCCGCUCGGCCCGUCGCCCCAGCAGCAGCACCCGCCUCCUCCCCACCAGCCGCCCCCGCAGCAGCACUUACCGCCGGCACAGGCGCAGCUCCCGCCCACUGCUGCCACACCACAGCCGUCGUCUGGUGUCGCCCCCCAGGCUGCUGCUGCCGGCAGUGGGGGAGGGGCUAAACCGCCACAGCAUGAGCAGCAGAGGCUCACCCACGAGCAGUUCAGGGCUGCUCUUCAAAUGGUGGUGAGCCCAGGUGAUCCACGUGAAAACCUGGAGCAGUUCACCAAAAUUGGUGAAGGCUCUACAGGAACUGUGUGCAUUGCUGUGGAGAAGUCGACAGGCCGCCAGGUUGCUGUCAAAAAGAUGGAUCUCCGGAAACAGCAGCGGCGGGAACUUCUAUUCAAUGAGGUGGUGAUAAUGCGUGACUACCACCACCCGAACAUCGUGGAGAUGUACGACAGCUUCCUGGUGCAGGACGAGCUGUGGGUGGUGAUGGAGUUCCUGGAGGGGGGCGCCCUGACUGACAUCGUGACGCACGAGCGCAUGGACGAGCAGCAGAUCGCGACGGUGUGCCGGCAGUGCCUGCGCGCUCUCUCCUACCUGCACUCACAGGGUGUCAUCCACCGUGACAUCAAGUCCGACUCCAUUCUGCUGGCUGCUGAUGGGAGGGUAAAGCUGUCAGACUUUGGUUUCUGUGCCCAAGUUUCACAAGAACUUCCAAAACGAAAAUCACUUGUUGGAACACCAUAUUGGAUGUCACCAGAAGUUAUCUCUAGGCUUCCAUAUGGGCCAGAAGUUGACAUAUGGUCACUUGGUAUUAUGGUGAUAGAGAUGGUUGAUGGUGAACCUCCUUUCUUCAAUGAACCACCACUGCAAGCAAUGCGCCGAAUAAGGGAUAUGCCUCCUCCAAAACUGAAGAACACUCACAAGGUAUCACCGAGGCUGCAGGGAUUCUUGGAGAGGAUGCUUGUCCGAGAUCCUGCGCAGAGGGCGACAGCGGCAGAGCUGCUGCAGCACCCUUUCCUGAGGCAGGCGGGCUCCCCGGCACUCCUGGUGCCGCUCAUGAGAGGCUCACGCCACAGCAGCUGCUAGUUGCAGAAGCCGACCUCCCGCAGUAACCCGAGUAGUGUAUGUUACACAGUCAAGUGCCUGUUUGUGCCAUUCCAGUGCACAUCUACCUAAUUCUACCACAAAAUGAUCACAAAGUGAUCCUUUUUAACACGGGUCUGGUUGAACACAAAGUGGGAAACUAUAUUCGUGGAUUCGGCAGCUUGUGCGUUUAUCUCUUCAUCGUCAUUUUGAAGAACUUAUUGAUACUGUGGUGAGAUCUGCCUGUAUAUAGUGUUCAGUUUCUGUAUGUUGCUGUUAAGGGUAUUGAGCUUGUAAUUACCUCAGCUAAUGCUUAUUGCCCAGUAAAUGUGGAAUUAUGUGGGCAAAAUUUCUAGAUGCAGAUGUUGAAAAUGUACUUAUUGUGUACUGUAGCACCCGGAAUUUUAUAUAAUAUUUUUAUUAGUGAGUAGCAGUAAAUGAGACUUUUUGAGAAGUACAUAGGAUACUGCAUUAGUAACAGCAAGAAUCUACCUUUAUGUAUGUAGGUGUUAUUAAAGCUUUCCAAAGAUUGGAUCAAAGGAUGGAAAUAAAAAUGUAUUUAUGUUUGCUGGUAUCUAGUGCAAGUUCUUGAUUGUAUUUACAAGAAAAUAGUUAAGUUUAUCUCUCUUCAAGAACAUUCAGCAUUAAGCAGUAACAUUGAUAUGGAACUUCCCAAGGGACUAAAACUGUGUGCCACCCAGAACUCCGACUGUAGCUUUGCAUUUUGCAGACUUCAGUAGAAGAAUUCCUGUGAAAGCCAAUGAUCUGGGUGAAAAGAUCUGGUCCAGCACACACUUUUAUUCUCUCGGUAAGUUUCAUUGCAGCAUACACUCGAGUGUAGAGUGAAAGAUGUAUGCGGGACUGGAAAUAUAUGUUUGUUAGGUUAAAAAUCCAUGUGGAAAUUUUCAUGUGUUCAUCUUCUUUGCUUGAUUGAAAGGUUUAUUUAUCAAGUUGUGUGCAGCAAAUAGGAAACAAUGCUCUAAGGCAGCUGUGACAGAGUUCUUUUAAUUACUAGAAGCGCAUUCACGAUGAUUUGCAUGUGGUAUAGUAAAUUCUUCCCAUAUAGUAAUUAAUUGAUUGAAAUUUGUUGCAACUCAUCUAUCUUUGUAUAGUUGUACAGUCUUUAAGGUGUUUGGUAAACAAAAUGUGUGUUUCCUAAUGAAAGGAUAAAAUGAAUUAUCUCAGUGGCCUUUGCAUACAAUGAGUUAAGACAGUAUUUUUGUAGGAGUUAAGCACUGCCCUGGCAGUGGGAAACCUUCCUUAUGUUCCCAUAGAAUGGUUUAGGGAAGUCACAGAAAGUAUAAGAUGAAAGAGACUGGGGGUUAGAUGUCAGUCAUUCAUGUAAAUGUAUUGUUGUCUUGAUGUUGCAGCAUGUCAGUUGAUUGGUUAUUUGAAUUUAGCUUAUCUGGACUGUUCUCAUUGCAUCUGGAUGGUGUCAUAUUUGCUGACAGGCACAUAAGGAAGACUGAAGCUUUCGGACAAAUACAUACAUACCCCUGUGCACACUGCCUCACUCCCUCUCCCCCCAACACACACACACACAUGUAAAGCCGAGAAAAUGAUUCAGAGGAAGAGGAGGAGGACGACGAGGACGUGUGGGGGGGAAGGGUGGCUGAUGGCUAGGAGGGUGCAGGCAUAUGGCAUAGAAAUGUGGGAGGGAGAAGCAACAGGUGCCUGCACCCAUACCCUCUUUCCCAAAGCCUCAUCUUCCUCUGUCCUGUCACCCCCCCCCCCCCCCCUCCAACCUCGUCCUCCCUGAAAUCCUCUCCCUUGUAUCAUCAUGCAGUGCACAAACUCAACAGUUCCAAUUCCUGUGUGUUGCUUUCCUAUCCUGUGCACCUGCUGCCUCUCUCUCCCACAUUACUAUCUUGCACAACUGCUAUCACCCCUCGAGCAUUCAGUCACUCUUGCCAAUUCUUCUUCCUGCUACCCGCCAAUUUUCUCACCUCACCCACGCCAACCGUCAACAAUCACCACCCCUUACCACGGUCUGUCUGCUGAACUGCAGUCUUGGCAUUGUGUAUUUUGCCAGUACAGUGUAGCCAUACAGGUGUGUGUGUGUGUGUGUGUGUGAGAGAGAGAGAGAGAGAGAGAGAGAGAGAGAGAGAGAGAGAGAGAGAGAGCUAAGUUGUUUAUAUUCUGCCAUAACUUUCCAUACCUCAUUGGUGUCAUAUUUUGCUAGGCUUGGAGUUAAUACCUGUUUAAUUUUAAAAUUAAAUUUACUUGAUGUUGAAUUCUUCAGACACUGAUUCAUUUAGGUUCGGCCUUGAUAAAUUAUAUUAUCUGAGACAUUGUGUAUAUUAACAAGAGUUCAUUUUUGUCAUAUUUAACAGAAGUCAUUUGGCGAUCUUGAUUAUGUAUUUGAAGCAUUUUCUUUGGCAACAAAAUUUGACAGUGCAUUUGAUCCUGUUGUUAUGUUAAUGACAGUUGUGUUGUUGUUGCAUUGUGAUUACCAUUUCGAUAGAUUACAUUUAGCCUUUCCCUGCCUUUUAUUCUAUGCAAGUUUCUCUAAUACAGUGUACCUGCCACACAACAUAUAUUAAUCUCAGAGCUGUAAUUACGUGUCCACUUGUUGUGUAUUCCCAUAACAUUUUAUUCCCUUUCUCUGUGAUUUGAUGCAUUUGUACAGAACUAUCUUGUUUUGUUACAAGAACCUUGCCUGGAUUUUGAAUCGUCAGUUUUUGUACAAGCACCUUCUGAGAGCGUAAAAUUUUGUGGGAAAGUGAUUCAGUUCUCCACUGUUACUAAAAGCUGAGCAUGUUAUGUUCUAAAAAUGGAAAAAAUUUCAGUUUGUUCCCAUGUGCCAUUAUCCAUCUGCUGUGAUGAUUCACCUCAUAGUCAGCAAAUUUCAGGCAUGUGCACCUCCUGCCUGUAUCCAAAAGCAACAGUCAUGAAUUUUCCUGUGAUAGAUUCCCUCUUGAUCCAUUGUGACAAAACUAAGCUUUUCUGGACGACUGGCUACACUUUUUAUGCAUCCUUUUACAAGUGGUUGUUUGGACAAAAAAAAAAAAAAAAUUAUUUACAAAAGUAAUGAAAUAUAUUUGUAAAUGAAGGUGGUGUUAUGAGAUAUUUGCUAAGAUAUUGUGCUGUUAUCUCAUAUUAAUGUUUCUGAGGGAGAAUGGUUUAGUUGUUGCUCUUGUCUUCAACACACAUGUAUCCAGUUAUUUUAUAUGAAUAAUCAUCUUAGAUACAUUUUAAAAUGUAGAGCAGGCAACAGGAGAGUGUUGAGAUUUUAUGGUUAUUAAAUAUCCCUCUUUGGAGUAUGUAGACAUGCUGUAUUUGCUUGCUGUGUCACAUAAAAUGGAAAAAUCAACUAACUCUCGAAAGGUAUUAUGACUGUUUUUCUUCAGAUUGUUCACUACUCUUUAUUUUAGUUUUCUCAGAUUUUAUUGGCUAAAUGUUUUGUAAAAGAUAAUCUGCACAUUAACUUGUUCAUG